CGUCCUGUGACUGCAGUCAGGUGGUUGUGGGGUUUUUCCUUCCCUCCUUCCCCUUUUCCCCUCCUUCCCUUCCCUCUAUCUUGCUCCGGUUUCCGUGGGCCGGCCCAGCGGGGAGCCGGCUAGGGAAAGUUGGAGGAAAGUUGCCGAUUGGGAAAGUCGAGAGGCGGGAGAGCCGCGGCCCCGGCAGUCCGGCUUCCCCGCCGGGCCCCGAGGGAGGGCCGAGGAUGGCUGGUGGGGAAGGAGCGGGCUCCGGCGUGCCCGAGUCUAGGGAGCAUCUCUUCAAGGUGCUGGUGAUCGGUGAGCUGGGCGUGGGUAAAACCAGCAUUAUCAAGCGCUACGUGCACCAGCUCUUCUCCCAGCACUACCGGGCCACUAUAGGGGUGGAUUUUGCGCUCAAAGUCAUCAACUGGGACAGCAAGACCCUGGUGCGGCUGCAGCUCUGGGAUAUAGCAGGCCAGGAGCGCUUUGGAAAUAUGACCAGAGUAUACUACAAAGAGGCAGUUGGUGCUUUUGUGGUCUUUGAUGUCACAAGAGGGUCUACUUUUGAGGCUGUUUCAAAAUGGAAGCAUGAUUUGGACAGUAAAGUACUACUUCCCAAUGGCAGCCCCAUCCCUGUUGUUCUUCUUGCAAACAAGUGUGACCAGAAGAAAGAUGGCAGCCAGAAUCCCUCUCAAAUGGACCAGUUCUGCAGAGAAGGUGGCUUUGUUGGAUGGUUUGAAACAUCUGCGAAGGACAACAUCAACAUAGAUGAAGCUGCUCGAUUCUUGGUGGAAAACAUCCUUACCAACUACAAAACCUUUCCUAAUGAAGAGAAUGAUGUGGGGAAACCAAAACUGGACCUAGACCCAUUGAAAGCAGAGAGUAAAUCACAGUGCUGUUAAUGCUACCACUGUUCAGUAAAUGUGAUGGGACAACCAGCAAGACUGUUCCUUAAGUCAAACUGCUGCUAUGGUGCUGCAUUGUGACAAUUCAUACGGGCUGUCUGGUAUUAACUAAAUAGGUGAUUCUUGUGGGUGUUUACAUAUUGUUUUGCCUGAAACUGUAUCUUGGGAGUUAUCACUCCACUUGCUUGAGUGGCUAAAUUUAAAUCUUAUUAGUGUCGUCUUACCUGGGAAAAUACGGUAGUGUCUACACUCCUAAAAAGGAACAAAGACAGCAUUCUGUGUCUAGUUUGCUUCUAGGAUGUAUGCUACAUUCCAAAUAGGACUCACUUUUCAUGGUUUUAGCUGAACAGGUACUUGCACCUUUAAACUUUUCCUUUGUCACUAGUAAUGUCUCACUUUAGCCUUCUCACCUACACAUAUGUCCCUAUUUAUUAUCCCCCUCCAUGAGAACCUGUCUCAUUGCUAGUUCUCCUGGAUUGAAAUAUACCAGAAAUACUGAAGGGGCCAAUGACAGAUGGGAGAUAUGUUAGUGUGUUCACUAGGACUGAGUGAAGUAGAUGGCUUCUACCAUGAAUAAGAACAAGAUCUGUAACUGAUGGUAUUUAACAAGUGAAAGGCAUGGUUAUACAGAUACUAACAAAAAUACAUCUCCUUCCAUUUAAGGCAGAAUAUUUUCACCUAAUACUUUACAUAUGAAACAUAUUAAUGGAUACAGUUGAACUUUUGGCACAUAGUUUUUGGCACAUAUGGUAAUCUCACCUAUAUGCACAUCCAGAAAUAAACAUCCAGUAACUUUUUCAUGCAUUAACACUGGAAGCUUUACCAAGAAUGAAAAAGUAAGUAUCUUACUGUUCUGUGAUAAUGAACUUGCUGCUUUUUCCUUUGUCUUCAUAGUUCUGAAUACGAGAAAGGAGAGAGGUCUUGAAGGAAAUAGCUUAACUGGUCCUUGCUAGCCUAUCAAAUCCUUUCCCCCAUGCCACAAGCUCUAUCUUUUCAAUUUUAGAACAGUGCUGCACUCUCCUGACUAGUUGGAGCUGGUGAACUGGUUUACCAGUUUUUAACUUGGUAUACCGAGAUGCUUCUGUUUCCUUGUUAUAAUUCAUGUAUUUUUAGCAGCAAAUGAAGAUCAAAAGUAUUAGAGAGAUUUCACAGUUCUUAAAUACAUUCUGGAAUUCUGGCUCUACUUGGUUGAAAGGCUUUGGAACUCCCCUUUAUUUUAAGGGUUUCUUCUGUCCUGGUAUCUCAUUGCUACUGACUUCAGAAGUCUUACCUUGCUUGGUCUGAUGAUGCUGAUGUUUUCUUAAGCAUCAGCAUGAAUUAUGUGCCAGAUUGGGUAUACUUUAAUCUGUGUUGAGAUUUCUUAGACUACAAUCUUUUUUUUUUUCCUCUAAAGAGUAAUGUAGUUUUUAAGAGAAAAAUAAAUAUAUUUGGGCAUCUUAGGUACGUUGUUGUUUGCUUUUGAGAACAUGAAUCUUCACCCUAUACACAAAUGCUUUCAUUCACAUUUGGAAAGAACUUUGUCUUCUAGUAGUUUGUAUGUGAAAGGCUUAUCUUAAAAUGCCAAGCCUUACUGUGGUAAAGCUAAAACUAUGUUUAAUUAGCUUAGGAUCAUCAGAUAAUUCAGAUGAGCUUUAAUAGACAGCUAGUCUGACUUUGUGCUACAGAGUGGUUUUGCUCCUAUUCUUUGGAGGGAGCAUUACUGUUUGAGACUGGGAUGGAUCAGGAAAUCUGAUACAGCCAGAAAGUAAAUACUAUAAGACAAGACUGGUACUUUAGCCGAAGGAAGGGGAUGGGAGCAUCUACCUGGUAGAAGAGACCAAGACUGUAGUUUAUGGAAAAGUGCUUAAAUCAGACUAGUUAUGAAGCCCUUGCCAUACUAACUGAAAAGCUUUGAUUUGCAAAGAUACAUGUAAGUUUAGACAGACCCAAUGUAACUUCACGCAAGUAAGCAAAGAGUGUCAAACAUCAUUUGUUUUACAUGUACAGGAUAUAUAUAUAUGUAAAGUGAUAGUUCAUCUCAAUCAAAUGAACAGAGGCCCCAUGCUAUUUUAUUUCAUUAUUUCUUGCAAUCUGAAAUAUGCCAAUCUUAAAUGAGCAAGUACCUGACUUCCUAGUCCCUAUGUUUAAAGGACAUUUUUGAGAUGGAAAAAUUUGCGUAAAAAUGUGAAUUGGUGCUUCAGGAAAGUGUUUUCCCUGCUGUGUUUCUAUCAACUGAUUUAAUUAAGGCUGAAGAUGGCAUAUAGUCUUCCUGGAUUGUAGUUGUGCAGUACAUCUGUGCAGCUAAUGCAGAGUCAGCCUCUAUUAAUUUUCAAAGCUUAAUGAGGCAUUAAAAUUGCUGAGAAAACUAGAAAGGAGUUAGAGCAAUUAGUGGUCUUUCAGUAUGGGAUUUUCUAGUUGUAUCUUAACUGCAGUAGCAGAAAAAUAAGCUAUUCCAAGCUUCAGUUUUGUUUGCUUAAACUUUGUGUCAAACCUAUUGAGUUGCAAUAAUGUUCAGUCUCCUUAAACUGAACAAAUCCUUAUUCAUCUAUAGUGGCUAAUCGCUGGGGAAUAGUUUGAGUCAUUCUUACAGACUCAGGGCCUGAGUAACCAUUUGAUAUAUGGAGAGAUGAGGAAAUAGUUAUAAAAGAAAUAUGUGCUAUACAACUGUGAUAUUAAAUGGUGAAGCAUUUUGCUCUUAAAAACUUGCUCCCUUAUCUUUCUGUUCUUAAUAUCUUGCUAGUGACCUUGGUUCCACAACAGGGAACUUGCCCCCUUUCUCCCAUUACAGAUCAUGUUAUUUGGUAAAGACACACAGUUCAAAGUGUGUGUAUGCCUUUUUCCUUCACAUUAUGGAUUGCUAAAGAGUUUAAGAAGUGGGGGCAGCAGUAUACUUUGAAGAGUAUAAAAAAAUCUAUUAACAAAAUGCCAGCGAGAUAGAUAAUAAUUCAGAAUUGAAAUACAUCAUUCACUUGGCAGUAUGCGAAAGGUCACUUCAGAGUUUUGUCCUACAGCACAAUAAGAUUGUAAAUAAGGAACAUAAUAGAUUCAGCUCUAACUAUGUAAUGAAGAUUAUUUGAAAGAAAUUGUGCCUGUAUUUUUCAUGACCAUCAUAAAGCUUUGUUUGUGAGCUCAUUUGUCUGUUUCAAUUUGUGUUUAAACAGGAAAAAAAUACAAUAGUAUUCCUGGUGAAAAUUCCUAGCUUAGACUUCCUAUGUUGCUUACAUUCUCAUGACAAAUUCUGCUAGAUGGUUAUUUUAUCAUUUCAGUUGGUGUACAUACAAAAUGCUUCCUGCCCCAAGUACCUUAAAAACUUCCUUUGUUCAGGUAGAGAUGGUGUUUCAGGUAGCUUUGGCUUGGGAAGUGUGCAAGUAGAGGACCAGUAUCUCAAUAUUGGUUCCUUCAUCCUUCUGCAAAGAUAAUAUCACUGAGUAAAUCAUAAUUUGGUUUGAGCUCUAAAGGAAAUGAAAAUAUGCAGAAUUCCUGGCCUUAUAACUUGAAAUUAAAAUAUGCAGGAUUCAUGGCCUUAUUGCCCUUAAAUUAUAACUGGGACUAAAAGGUAGCUGCUACCUGCCAUAUGGCCUUUUAAAGUUAAGGGAUUCUUAUCUAUCUUUUAUGGAUUCUAGAAAAUUAAAUCAAGUGUUCAGGCUUUUGGUAAAACAUACAGAUUUCUGUUUUGCUCCCCUCCUCUCCCCCACCCUCCCCUUUUCCUUUAGGAAUUUUUAACCUGUUUAUUAUCAUGACCCUGGUGAAAAGCUCAAGUUAUAGUUAUCAGUCUUGUUGGAAAGCUCACAGCUCCUUAAAGGUUAAAGAUAACAUGGGCAUUCUGCCAACUCCAUUUCUAAACUCUUUUGCCCUUUACUGGUAUGUAUCAAAAGUAAUAUUUAGUAUCCAUCUAGAGUAAUAGCCUUUCAACCUCUCACAUUCAGAUGGGUUUGGGUUUUAACUUAUUUUUAUUGAUAUAAAUUAUGAAUUUAUAUGAACAUUGAAAUGUUCAAUAUUGAAAUUGUUGUAUUGUGCACAAAGAUUGCUUCCAUGUUUUUUCCCUGGACAGCAUCUGGCUCAUUGAAGUGCUGAUCCUUCUAUGCGUAUAUGUACAGGCUGUACUGGGCUUGCAUUGACAAGGUUUUGAUUGCAAGGGGCUACAGGAACGACUUCUGUGAGAAGCUGUUAGAAUCUUUCUCUGUGUCUGACAGAGCCAGUGCCAGUCAGCUCCAAGACAGACCCACCGCUGGCCAAGGCAGAGCCCAUCAGCAAUGGUGAUAACACCUCUAGGACAGCACCUUUAAGAAGGGAAAAAAGUUACUGCACAACAGCAAUUUCAGUGGGGGAGAGGAGUGAGAAUAUGAGAGAGCAACAAGUUUGCAGACACCAAGGUCAGUGGAGGAGGGGAUGAGGUGUUCCAGGUGCCAGGGCAAAGAUUCCCCUGCAGCCCAUGGAGGUCCAUGGUGGAGCAGAUACCUACUUGCAGCCUGUGGUGGACCUCAUGCUGGAACAGGGGGAUGCCCAAAGGGAGACUGUGACUCUGUAGGAAGCUUGUGCUGGAGCAGGUUUGCUGGCAGAACUUGAGACCCCAUGAGGGAUCCACGCUGGAGCCGUCUGUUCCUGAAAGAUUGUACCCAUGGCAGGGACCCAUGCUGGAGCAGUUUGUGAAGAUCUGCAGCUCAUAGGAAGGACUCGCAUUGGAGAAAUUUGUAGAGGACUGUGUCCCAUUUGAGGGACCCCACACUGGAGCAGUUUGUGAAGAUCUGCAGCUCAUAGGAAGGACUCGCAUUGGAGAAAUUUGUAGAGGAUUGUGUCCCAUUUGAGGGACCCCAUGCUGGAGAAGGGGAAAAGUGUGAGGAGUCUUCCCACUGAGAAGGAGCAUCAGAAACAACAUGUGAUGAACUGAUUUUAACCCCUGUUCCUUGUCCCCCUGUACCACUGCAGAGGAGGAGGUAGAGAAAAUUGGGAGUAAAGUUGAAGGUGGAAAGAAGGGGAGGGAAGGGGAAAGGUGUUUUUAAGAUUUGGUUUUAUUUUGCAUUACCCUACUCUGACUAGAAAUAAAUUAAUUUCCCAAGGUUGUGUCUGUUGCCUGUGAUGGUGACUGAUCAAUGAUCUUUCCUUGUCCUUAUCUCAACCCACAAGCCUCUCAUUGUAUUUUCUCUGCCCUGUCCAGCUGAGGAGGGCAGGGAGAGAGCAGUCUUAGUGGGUACCUGGCAUUCAGCCAGGGUAAACCUACCAUACAGGCCAACUAUUUUGCUUGAAACUUAAACAGAUGUUGGUUUUGACUGGGCUUCAGCUUAAGAUACCCCAAAUCACUGCCUUCCAAUACUUAGUAGUUUAAGGAACAAUGGCUUUCAGUCAGAUUGUCCAUUGGGAUGCCAUUUGUUUUUGCUGGAUUAUUGGUAUAAGCACAAUUAGAUGAGACUUGCUAUAGCUCAAAUGCAUAUGAUAGUACUUGUGUCAUACAUACGAUGGCACGAGUCUCAAUGAUUUCUGUAAUUUUUGUUUCAGAAGUUAGAAAAUGUAAACUGAGUUGCUUUUAUUAUUAUUUAGCAAAGAUUCAUUUUACUUGAUUGGAAAAAUACAUUUGAAGAUAUCUUACAGGUAUACUCAUUUAUGAUACUGUUACUAACAUUAUUGCAGAAUGUUAAUCAUAAAAUUACAAAAUGUUUAUCUAGCAUUUGCUAGAUAUUUUGCAUUUAUUAAAUAGUAUAACUUUUUCCUUUUAGCCUAUAUGCACAACUGCAAAUUCAGUUAAAGUACACCAAAGUUACCAUUAAAAAGGAUUUGCUACGAUCUGUGGCGUGCCUUAACUUACAAGACAACUUUUUAAAUCUCCUGGGAGGGGAGAAAAACUUACUUCCUUAGAUUGUAAAUAAAAAGUACUAAAGUAAAAAGGUGUAGUAAGAGAUUUAAUAAGCUCCACAGUUCAGUUUUUAACACUGUAUUAAGGCUGUGUAUUCUCAUUUUAAAAACAAAUAUCCUUCUGUCCCUCAGGCUACAAUCAUCACAUCAUUUAGCCAAAGAUUUUGGACUUUUUUUUUUUUUUAGAAGGUAAUGCUGCUUUCUCUGUCAGUAUCCCAUUUGUAAGACUUUCAGUAGCUAGAGUACCACAGUUGUCCUUAACUCCAAACUUCAGAUAGGGAUUUUGAACAGUGUCAGAACCAGGAAGUCUUGCAUUUUGACACUGGAAGAUACUCUUGCUGUAAGUCUUCAAAUAUAAAUUUACGAAAGACAGGUAAAGGUGCUGGCCAGUUCUCUUUAUUUUCCCCUGCUGCCUACAUUCUGUUCCCCCAAUAUUUAAGUGAAGAGGUGAUCAAGGUUGUGGUGGUCCCCCACUUUGUGAAAGCACUUUGGCUAAAAGUUAGAUGUGUUCAUUGAGGGGUCCCACAGGGCUCAAUGGUACUGCUGUAUUUAAUUUUGGCUUGGGUAGAUACUAUUUUACCAAAUAUUUAAGGGUUGUCUUCAUUCCAGAAAGAGACUAUAAUGACAGUGUGAUCAAAAGCUACUUCAGCAAUGGAAAUGGUAAUUUAGCUGGGCUUCUUCAGGAUCCUUUCUAGCACCAUAUCAAAUUCAGAGGAAGCUGGAGUGCCAUAAAAAAUAUGCCUCUGCUAAGAUCAGAUGAGACACAGAACCGUAAGAUAUUUUUGAAAUAGCAGUGGGCAGAAGGUCCUGUGCUUAGGAGAAGUCUGUUAUGCAGUUGGUUGCAAUUUUCUGCCUGUACCUUGUCUUACUCCCAUCAAUUUACCCAAGGUACUUGUAAAUUCCACUUCCCCACUUUGCUUAUUAACCUCAGGCUGACUUAAGAAUUAACAGAAUAGAGCUGUUUCUGGAUAGUUUCAGCCAGUCUGAGGAUGGUUUUGCUCAAGUUCAGUUCCCUGUCAUAUGCCACCUCAGUAGCUGACUGUUCUUAACUGUGUGUGCAGGCUGCUCUUCCAAAGCUCUAUCACAGACUGCAGGGGUUUCCUUUUUCUCAGGCAUUGCCAGUCUCCUCACAAGCUCAAUUUUUCUUUACUGUCUGCUGUUCCUGAAAUACCCACCCACCGUUGUCCUCCCUCAUUCACAAUUUCCCACAGACCUGCACCUUCCUUAUCUCACUCCCACCUAUUCUUUCACUUAGUAAAUAAACAGAAGAGAGUAGUGGAAGUAAGAGCAGAAGAAAAUCCAUUUUACUUUCAUCUCCUGUCUAACUUUGCUGCAACCUGAUGCUUGAAGAUAUAGUAUUUGUUCUUAUGGAAGCUUCUAUGUUUAACUUUCACCUUUUUUUUUUUUUAAUGGAAAACCUGCAGAAGUACAGAAUGGGUAAGCCUGGAAAGGGGUCUUGGGCGUAGUCCUACAUAUAGUCCUCAUGUAGUCCUACAGCCCUGCUCAGAGCCCAAGCAAGUUACUAAUGCUCAUUUGAUGAAGACUACAAUCUCUUAGGAAACCUGUUUCAGUGUUUGACCUCACUGUAGUAAAGGAAAUAUAAAAUCCUAUUUUUAAGAGGAAUUUCCUGUAUUUCAAUGUUCACAUUGUCUUGAAUACUACCACUGAGCACUCCUUGGAAGAAUUUGAGUGUCCUUAGCCUCUGUGUCAGGUAUUUCUGCACAUAAAGAUUUGCAUCUCUACCACACUCCGGACCUUCUCUUACGGCAAAAUCUUUCUCCUGUUUUAUUCCAUAAUCCUUGUACCCUUUGUAAAAUCAGAGUUAAUUCUGAGCUCCAAGACCCCUGAGAGGGGCUUUUGUAGUGUUUCUGUUCAUAGUAUUCUGUAGUAUUUAUAGCUAUUAAAAAGCACAAAAUAUGUGGGACUGAACAGCCUUACAGGACAAGACUGUUUUCCUGUAAGUGAUUGCAUGGGCUACAGAAGUUGAUGUGAUGGUUUAAGAGUGAAAAAAAAAAAAUACAGUGUUUUGAAUGGUGUCCUAGAAGAACAGUGACCAGGAUACCACCCAUCCGUCAUUAACCAGUACCUGUUAUCUUAGUAUUUGCUUAGCUACAUCUCUAUGGGUUCCUAACAUUGGCCAUUUUUGUUUUAUUGUCUCUUGUAUUUAUUUCACAUUUACUAACUGUGAGGCUGCCUCUGCCCUAUCAACUUUUCCCUUCAGGGAGUAUCUGUCAGAUGUAUUUCAUGGCUUGAGACAUGAGGCCAGUCAAGCAGCUGAUCUGACCAAACAUUCUUUGUCAGUUAGAAGACUAGCUUUUCAAAAAUUCACAGUAACUUCUUUUUCCAAACAAGCUGCCGUUGUCAUUGCUGUAAUGUUAUGGAAUUCUAAAUUGAAUCAUUGGAUAAAUAAAAAGUUGUAACUUGAUGGAUGCAAAUCUUUUUUUAAUUCACAAAGCACCUAGAUACAUGUGUUUAUUGCCAUUACACUUUGCAAGCAAACUUACUGUAGAUUUUUAUGGUAAAAAGGUGCAUUUUGAACUUCAUAUAUAGUAGCUGUCAUUUAACAGAGCAAAGAAUAAAGGACUUCUUAGCUUA